UUCAUGAGUUGGACGGACUACAAAAAUAUAACAAUUAAUUUCUGUUUUAUAUUAUUAUUUUUUUGUGUAUUCUUAGAGCAAAUAGGCGUGAUAGUUAACUUAACAAUUAUACUUUAUUCACCAUUUACGUGCUUUAAGACAGAAAUGUUACUUAAUUCAGACGUGUAGUAAAGUGAUUUUUAAGGUUACACAUGAAAUAUAUUUUCAUCCAAACAUAGGAAUGCUUCAUAAUUGGCCAUACUGAGUUUAAUUCGGAAUUCAUUACCGAAGGUUUCGUAAAUAAGUAUUAUUUUAGCAACAUGAGUAGCUCGGAUGAGGCGUCGUGGAUCAGUUGGUUUUGUAGCCUCAGAGGGAAUGAGUUCUUCUGUGAGGUGGAUGAAGAAUAUAUAAGUGAUAAGUUCAAUUUGACGGGUCUUAAUGAACUAGUACCACAUUAUUCACAUGCCCUGGAUACUUUAUUAGAUGCAGAGCCAGAUGAUGAUAUAGACAGCGUGCUGCAACCAGAUCUUUUAGAACAAGCAUCCGAAUUGUUAUAUGGAUUAAUACAUGCCCGCUAUAUAUUAACAAACAUAGGUAUGGGUCAAAUGUUAGAAAAGUUUAAAAAUGGCGAUUUUGGUUAUUGUCCGAGAGUGCAUUGUGAGAAUCAGGCUGUGCUUCCCAUUGGUCUCUCAGACAUACCCGCUGAGGCGAUGGUAAAGUUGUACUGCCCGCGAUGUAUGGACGUAUACACGCCGAGGGCGUCACGGUUCGACCACACGGACGGCGCUUACUUCGGCACCGGCUUCCCGCACAUGGUUUUCUUAGUACAUCCAGAAUAUAGGCCGCAACUUCCCACAUCCCGAUUUGUGCCUAGAUUAUACGGUUUCGAGAUUCACCCACGAGCGUACGAAAUUCAACUAGAAGCGGCCGCCAAGAGGCCUGACCGCUCGGUCAAGGGUAAAAAAAAUUAACGCGAAGAACGAAGGCCGCGCCUUCUCGAAUAUUACUUCUAGAAGCUAACUGUCAAAUGGAACGUUAUAAAUUUGAAAGGAGAGUUGGAAUCUUUUUAAAACGAUGUUUGAACUGUUACUUCGUUUUCGUCCUUAGAUAAAAUAGAAACUUCUGGAAUUCG